AAGGCGGGUCCGCAAGUACUUCAAGUUGGACUCACGUCAUCUAAGUUGCCAUACCUGGGUAUAACGCUUUCACCAACCACGACCGUCGCUAGUGACAAGCAAUGCCGCGUAAAGAUGCUGGCGGUGGACCGAUUUCUGCUCAGGCUCAGCAAGAUCUAGUCUCAGAGGGUAUCGAGAACUUCGAGCUUCCUAAGAGUCUUGUUACGAAGAUAGCAAAGUCAGCAAUGCCAGACAAUGCGAAACUACAAAAAGAGACAGUAUUGUCUUUGGUGAAGGGUUCGACAGUAUUCAUUAACUACCUUGCUCAUGACGUGGCGAUGUCCAAACAGCACAAAAGUAUCUCCGCGUCCGACGUGCUCAAAGCUCUGGAGAUGAUUGAGUUUGGAGAUCUUGUCGAGAAUCUACAGAAUGAACUUCAAAUUUACAGGGAUAACACGAAAGGAGACAAGAGUCGAAAAUCCGGAACGGCAAGUUCCUCGCACAAGGGCAAGGCCAGAGAAAGUGAAUCUGCAUCAGUCGACAAGGCGACGAAUCUGCCACCGCCAUUCACGUUUGCCCCGCGGGCAGGAGCAGCAUCCUCCGCGUCCCAAUCGGACAUGCACAGUGCUAUGGUCGAACAAGAAGUUGAUGAUGAGAUGGGUGAGCCAGGCGAGGGGGAAGAUGAAGAAGAUGAGGAGGUCGAGGAAGAAGGGGACGAUGAAGGGGAAGAUGACGCACCGGUUGAUAUGAUGGCUAUCGAAGAUGAGGAGCAGAAAAAAGAUGCCUCAAGGUUGGAAGAACCUAGGACUUUGCCAGCGGAGGACUAGGAUCUUAAUGUGAGUCCCGCAAUGGAAAUCGAUUAUGUACCAUCACUACAUCAGGCAUCGUGGACAGCCUCGUCCUUGAUUCAUCGCUUGUUAUCGAAUUGGCAAUCUCAAGCUGGUGUGCACGAUAUCAUCAAGAUUGAUCCUGCGUUCCGCAGCCUUGAGCCAGUCUGAAUGAAUGCAGUGCUCACUAUGUAAGUCGCAGAUUGGAUGAUGUGAUUUCCACCGAUUCACCAGCAAGGAGAGUCGUCGAAAUCUAGCAGAACGCAAAAGGCAACACCGAGGCAUUGAAGUGUCUUCAGAUGUGUCGGUGAAUGGAGUCAUGGGUCUGGUCGUACGAAUGGCGCCUUGAAGGCAAUCUGCUUCAACGUGCUUCGACUUGUGAUUUUUGAGUUUUUCAAUCCCUCUUCAUAGUUUUAUUCGUAACUGACAUACAAAAACACUUGAAAUCAAAAACGCGAACGUAGUAAAAUGCU